CGCUUGAGCCCAUUAUUUUUUUUUCCCUCUUACCUUCUCCAUCAUGGCAGAAACGAUCGCGUCCACUACUCCUGCUUCCAACCACAAACAAACCCCAAAGAAGCCUGAUGAUGCUGCAUUGAAGAAGAAUUUGGGCGAGAUCCAGGCCUCCAUUGACGCCUUGAAGAAGCAAAAUGACGCUGUGCGAGAAAAGGUGAACAAGCUCUCACCAGCUGGUAAGAGUGCUAAGCGUGAAGAACUCUUCACCAAGCUCAACCAAGUCCGGGACCAGCAAAAGGAGCUUAAGGAUUCUAAGAAGGCUGUCCUUACCCAAUUGGAUGUCAUCCAACAGUCAAUGAAGAAGAAGACCGCUGCUUUGAAGGCCGGCCAAUCCAAGGUCCCAUUCAAGACUACUGCUGAUGUCGAUAGACAGAUCAGCAUUUUGGAAAAGAGAAUUGAAUCUGGUGUCAAGCUUGUUGAAGAGAAGCAGAUCUCCACAUUGAAGCGUCAUAAGAACACCAUUGACUCUUUCAAGGAUCAACAAACGGAACUUGACAAGGAGAGAAAGAUUUAUGAAGAUCUUAAGAAGAACAUUGAUGACAGCCAAAUGCGAAGUCUCAACCAAGAAUUUGAUGCCAUCAAGCUUGAGCUCAACGAUAUUCAAGAAUCCCAAAAGACCUACCGCGACAAGCGCAACCAGCUUUACGAAGAGCAAAACAGCAUCAAGGCUCAGUUGGAUCAACAAUAUGAAAAGAUGCGUACACUCCGCGAUGAGCAUCGUCAAGCCAUGGAUGAGCACUUUGCCCACCAACG